GGGCCCCCCAUUUUGGGCCAGGGGGUGUGCAAGUCGGGGCCCUACUGCUGCUGGGUUUUGCGGGGCUGGUGUCUGGACUCAGCCUGGAGCCCGUCUACUGGAACUCGGCGAAUAAGAGGUGAGUGGCCUGGGACUGGGGAGAGUGGCCUGGGACUGGGGAGACUCCAGUCCCGUGGGUAAGGGAUAUGGAAGCUUGGAGACUUCAGGGUUUGGAUUCCCAGCUGGGAGGAGGCUGGCAAAAGGGUGCUGUAGCACUGAGGUGAGGUGACAGGUUACAAGACAGCAAUGAUCUUAGGACCCAGACUCUGAGUCUCACAGAGCUGGAUGUGGGUGGUGAUGCCAUGUGUCAGGAGUUUGGAGACCUUAAAGGGGCAAAGAUAAAAAGUUCACGGGCAGCAAGAGGGCAGUGGAGUGACUAUCUGGAUCUGUAGGAGACCUGUGUCAUCUGGGUUGAAGGGAGCCUGGUUAAUGUCAGCUCUCAGGAGAGAGGUGCUGACUAGGUUCUGCUGAGGCACCACGGGGAAGGGCAGGGAUGCCUAGCUCCCAGGAGGCACUCGGUGUUGAGAUGAGAGCAAGUGGGUUCAGUGUGGGGCUUAGGAACAGCUCACCAUCCCAACUUGUGUUCACAGACACAGGACUAGUGAACCUUGGCUGCACAACUUGUCAGCUAGGAUAUAUUCCCUGGUUUGGCGGCUUCUUUCUAGAGUGAGCCCUGAGCCCCUCCAGCCUCUCCCCUCUUCUUGCCUCUGGAGUCCUGAGGAUACCAUUGCCCUCUCCUCUUCUCCUGGCUGCAAACUCUCCCAUCGCAGACUCUUCCCUGGCGUGCUUGCUUUGGGUUGAAAAGAGGCCAAGGGUCAGUCACACAGGGCAGACGGCACCUAUGGGAGGUCAUCUAAGUGAUUUGCCUCCAUGGCGUUUUCUAUUACCAUCAGCCCAAGAGUUCUGUGUUUCAGAGACUUCCUACUUCCCUGGGGAGGCUGUGAGAGGUUGUGGGAGGCAGUGGACCACAGUUCACCAGGUAUCCGGUCUUAAUACUAGCUCUGCUGUUUGUCGCUGUGUAGCCUUAGGCACGUCACUUAACCUCUCUGAGUUUGUAUCUUCAGUCCUUACAGCUGUUAUGAGGAUUGGAGGCAAGGUAUUUGGACGUAUUGUAUGCUCAUGAAGGGAGAGGUAGGAUUGUUUUUGUUUUUUGCUUUCUGGCCUCCCUGCCCUGUCCCAGUCCUGGUACCCUCUCCCCCUCCAUUCUUUUCGUAGGGAUAAUCUCAGGCUCUCCCACCUGCCAGCAACUCCUGGCUGCAGGUUUGAGUAGCAGGUGUAGCUUGAGGCUAUAAAUUGGGCUAUCCUGAUAGGGUUGAGAAAAAGCAUUAGGGUGUCCUGAGACUCUUUCGGAUGUUGGGUGGGAGCUGGUCGUUUGGAAUCUGGAAAGAUGCUGAGCAACAGUCUCCUGGGGCUCAGUUUCUCCUAUGGAUGCAAGUUGCGGCUGUGCUGGGCCCAUGGUCCCCUGGCUUGCUGGCCAAGGAUGCAUGCUGGGCUCUGUCAGCUGUGGCUGCAGAAGUCAACUACUUCAACUCAAAGCAGGAGAGCACUUUCCUCAGAAAGUUUAAGCCCCAAGGCGGGACGCAGGAAGGAGAGUGAUCUGGGUGGUCAGCCCCUGUGCAUUGGUUCUCAUCAGCCCCCCCCCCUUUUGAUCAGAACCAAACUAGCACUUUAUGUCUCAUUAACUGGCUAACCUGGGAAACUGGUCCAGAUCCCCCCCCCAAACCCCACAACCUCUACCUCGCCCCCCACCCCCCAUUGCCCUGAAAUUCAGUGGUGGCCUGGAAGAGGGGGAGGUUCUACCCCCAUGGUUGACUGCCAUGGAAUAGUGAAAUCACCUGGGAGGGGUGGGCUGUGUGGUUCCAGAGAGGCCAGCUCCUUGGUAACUGGCAUCCCGUUGCCAUGGCAACGGCACCGGUGAUGGAGCGGGAGAUGGCAGUGUGCAUGUGGUGAGGGCGGGCUGAAGAGUGCAUUUGGGCACACCAAGGGGCAGGAGACCUCUGAGCCUGGCCUCCUGCUGCUUCUGAUGUUCCAGGCAGAGGGUGGUUACGUACUUUACCCUCAGAUCGGGGACCGGCUAGAUCUGCUUUGCCCCCGGGCCCGGCCUCCUGGCCCCCACUCCUCUCCCAGUUAUGAAUUCUACAAGCUGUACCUGGUAGGAGGUGCCCAGGGUCGGCGCUGUGAGGCACCCCCUGCCCCAAACCUUCUUCUCACAUGUGACCGGCCAGACCUGGACCUCCGCUUCACCAUCAAGUUCCAAGAAUACAGCCCUAACCUCUGGGGCCACGAGUUCCGGUCCCACCACGAUUACUACAUAAUUGCCACAUCCGAUGGGACCCGGGAAGGCCUGGAGAGCUUGCAGGGAGGCGUGUGCUUGACCAGAGGCAUGAGGGUGCUUCUGCGAGUGGGCCAAAGUCCCCGAGGAGGAGCUGUACCCCGAAAACCUGUGUCUGAAAUGCCCAUGGAGAGAGACCGAGGGGCAGCUCACAGCCUGGAGCCUGGGAAGGACAGCCUACCAGGUGACCCCAACAGCAAUGCAACCUCCCGGGGUGCUGAAGGCCCCCUGCCCCCUCCCAGCAUGCCCGCAGUGGCUGGGGCAGCAGGGGGGCUGGCGCUGCUCUUGCUGGGCGUGGCAGGGGCUGGGGGUGCCAUGUGUUGGCGGAGACGGCGGGCCAAGCCUUCGGAGAGUCGCCACCCUGGUCCUGGCUCCUUUGGGAGGGGAGGGUCUCUGGGCCUGGGUGGUGGAGGGGGGAUGGGACCUCGGGAGGCUGAGCCUGGGGAGCUAGGAAUAGCCCUGCGGGGUGGUGGGGCUGCAGAUCCCCCCUUCUGCCCCCACUAUGAGAAGGUGAGUGGUGACUAUGGGCACCCUGUGUACAUUGUCCAGGAUGGCCCUCCUCAGAGCCCUCCAAACAUCUACUACAAGGUAUGAGGGCUCCUCCCUCCCGGCUUUCCUCAAUCCAGCCCUCCAUGGGGUGCUCCUCCAGUUUAAUUCAUGGCAUGAGGGGCACCUGCGCCAUAACCUUGGCCCCCUUUGCCCCACCAGCUCCUUGGUUCCUCCUGGCUAUAGCCCUCGUCCGUCUGCAGUUUUAGGAUCCCUUAAGACUUGACUCCACCUCUUCCUGCCCCCUCCCCCCUUGUACGGCUGUGGGCACUCCUCUGAUCUCUGCCUCUUGGGGAAGGGGGCACAGGCUCAGCCUCCUUUAAUCGCGACACAGGUGUCCUGUUCCCGCCCACCCAGAGUAGGGGUGGGGACAGUCUGUCUUUUGGUUGGCACCUCUUUUUGCCUCUCACAGUUUUUCUCUUUCUCUAUCUCUUAUUCUCUCUCUCUGUCUCUAGGUCUGUUCUCUCCCUCUUCCCUAGCACCCUGCUCCUUACAUCUCCUUUACCCUCUUGGCUUCUUGUCCUGUGCCUCUCACACGUGUCCUGGGUUGGGGCAUCAAAGCGUCUC